AUGAGAAUCGAAUUGGACAAGAAGAUCAAGCCAGAGGAUGGCAGUUACCUCGCUGCUCUGGGCAUCAUGGCCUCGAAACUAGCCUACGAGAACGAGCUGGUCAUCAAGAACGUUGUCGAAAACCACUGGCAGAUGAAAGUCCUCGAGUUCUUCAACUGCUGGAAUGAAUUCCGAGGCGAUCACACGACCCAGGCCUUCAUGUUCGCGGACAAGCCGGACGACGCCGACCUCGUCGUGGUGGCGUUCCGGGGCACGCAGCCGUUCGACGCGGAGGACUGGUGCACGGACGUCGACAUCUCCUGGUACGAGAUCCCCAGGGUGGGCAAGGUCCACGGUGGCUUCAUGAAGGCGCUCGGGCUGCAAAGGGAUGCCGUCAGCUGGCCGGCGGAGAUCAAGGCGACCAAGGGCCGGCCGUUCACCUACUACGCCGUCCGCGACGCGCUGAAGAAGUCCCUAGCGGCCAACUCGCGCGCCCGGUUCGCGGUGACAGGCCACAGCCUGGGCGGCGCGCUCGCUGUGCUGUUCCCGGCCAUCCUCGCCCUGCACGGAGAGCAUGACCUGCUCGCCAGGCUCCAUGGCGUGUACACGUACGGGCAGCCGCGCGUCGGGGACGCACGACUCGGGGAGUUCGUGGAGCGGCACCUCGACACGCCGGCGGCAAGGGGGAGAUACUUCCGGUUCGUGUACUGCAACGACAUCGUGCCGAGGGUGCCGUACGACGGCCUGUUCAAGCACUUCGGCCGGUGCAUCUACUUCGAUGGCUUCUACAAGGCGCGGGCCAUGGAGGAGGAGCCCAACAAAAACUACUUCUCGCUCGCGUUCGUGGUGUCCAAGUACAUGAACGCGGUAUGGGAGCUCGCCCGGGGGCUCGUCAUCGGGCACGUAGACGGGGCGGAGUACGUGGAGGGGUGGACGAUGAGGGUCGCCCGGGCGGUUGGGCUGCUCAUCCCCGGUCUGCCGGCCCACGCGCCGCAAGACUAUGUGAACGCCACCAGGCUCGGGGCCGCGUCGCUCGACCUGCUUCCUCGUGACCAUUAA